GAAAUGGCAGGAAUAUAUGUGAGCAGAACGUCGCCCAGCUUGGCCAAUACUAUAUCGCAGUCCUGGAGAUUGUAAAGAUCUAAGAUAUUAUGGCGAAUGCGACCGGGUCUCCUUCCAGAGAUACCAACCCGGUGGUCUUCUUCGAUGUCGCCCUAGGAGGGGAGCCUCUAGGUCGCAUUAAAAUGGAACUUUUCGCGAAUAUCACACCACGCACAGCUGAAAAUUUUCGCCAAUUCUGCACUGGAGAAAACAAAAGUCCCCAGGGACGACCCCAAGGAUACAAAAAUUGCAAAUUUCAUCGCGUGAUCAAAGAUUUCAUGAUCCAGGGUGGAGAUUUCAUUAAUGGCGAUGGGACGGGGUCUUGCACCAUCUAUGGAACACCGAGGUUUGCAGAUGAGAAUUUCAAAGUAAAGCACAGCGAUGCGGGUAUGCUGAGCAUGGCGAAUUCUGGGCCUGAUACAAAUGGUUGUCAGUUCUUCAUAACCACAACUGCUACCCCAUUCCUAGAUGGUAAACAUGUUGUGUUUGGGCAAGUAGUGGCCGGACUUGAUAUCGUACGGAUGAUAGAGAAUACUCGCACAACCAGAGACAAGCCCAACCAGGAUGUCGUUAUCAUACAAUGUGGCGAAAUGUGAUCGAGUGCCGUUUUGAAGAAGCGAGGCACGACAUUGAGCUCAGAAAUAUUAGUUUUACGGUCUCAGGCCAAAGAGGAAGAAAGAUUAUAAAAUUCCUAGAGUAACAAUAUUGAAUUCAAAUUUGUGUUGGGA